AUGACUACACCAAAAGAGGUGAAGUCGAAAUCAUCGAAAAAGAAAUCGAAUGCACCGGAGCCGCCAAAAAAUGGACCUCCAAGAACAAGUCCUCCAAACACAAUUGAAAAAAAGGGGAUUUUGAGAAGUUUGUCAUUCCAAUUUUCAAAUUUGACAAAACGAAAAAAUGAUUAUGAUUUGACACCAGAAGAAGAAAAUGGAUAUGAUGAUAUGGGCCCAGUUCUUGGUGUUCAAUGUUUUGGAGUUCUUAUGAAAAAAUAUAAGAGAAAAAAAUCGACCAGCAAAAUGGGCCAAACGAUUUUUUGUGUUGAAGGAAUGCUUUUUGAUUUAUUAUGCGACUGCUUAUCGCAAAACUUUUGAAAAAACUCGACGAAUUGAUUUGCAUCCAAAAGGAAUAAUUCCUCUUAUUGGUUGUUCAAUCGUUUCCGGUGGAGAUACUGAUAAGAAAAACUGUUUGCUGAUUGCUCAUCCACAAUUUCCAUCUGCUAUUAUUAUUGCAGCUCCAGAUCAUUCGACUCAAGACAAAUGGUUGAAAGCAUUGAGAAAUGCGACAAAAGUGUUAGUUUUUGUAGCUUUCCGAAAUGUUGAAACACAGUAAAAUUCCAAAAAAUAAUCCAAAAUUUUUCCAGGUCGUACAAAAACACAGUUGUUGGUGAAACAAUGAUUCGAGAACUCGAAAAUCGUGGAGUUAUGUUGAACGAGGAGAAGAAAAGUUACGAAGAACGACUUGAAGCUGAAGCUCGCGCAAGAAAAGAAGAACAUGAUCGAGCUGAUGAAUUGGCAAAAGACAAAGAGGAACUUGAAGCUGAACGCGAAAAAUUGAUAAGAACCACGAAAAAAUUGAAGGACGAUUUGCAAAAUGUGAAGAAUGAGCUGAAAAUGACAAAUGAAAUGAAGAAAACAUUGGAGCAAGAGAAGAUGUCGUUGAAUUCAAAGACUGAACAUUUGCAGGCAAAUAUGGAGAGUUUGAAUAUUGAAAAAGAGAAAAUCCAAGAUCAACUUGCCGAAAUUGUUAGGGAAAGAGAGAAAGUUUUGAUUGAUAAUCAAAAUUUAUCCACAGAUAAAUGUCAAUUGAGUAAUCGUUUGAUGGAAAUUGAAACAUCAAGAAAUUGUAUAAUGACAGAAAAAGAUAAAAUUGAAAUGCUGUGAGUUUUUUUACUUGAUUCAUGUGAUUUUAAAAUGAUCCAUUUUUUAGCUUGAAAUUGAAUGAACAAAAAACUUUGGAUUUGGAAAAAGAACGGCAAUAUUACACAUGCAAAACUACCGAAUUAAUGGAUAAUUUGAAAGAAGUUAACGAGCAAAAAGAACUCACAGAAUCGGAACUCAAAGAGCAGAUGAUGGCACGAAUUGGUGCCGAAAGACAACUUCAGGCAGCCGAAAAAGCGUUGGAACACCUGGAGAUGGCUCUUAAAAUGACUGGAGCGCAAAUGACAGAACUACAAGAGCAUAUAAUGCCAGAUGUGCAUAAACUUCGCGAAUUUUUCGAGCAAUGCGCUGAAGAUGCGAGAUUUGAUGCGAAUCGCACACAAGUUAUGAGACAAGCGAUUUAUGCAAGAAAGUGAGUUUGAGACGAAUUUAAUAACAAUUUAUGUGGAAAAUUGCACUUUGUAACUUGUCCCUUUUAGGAGUAUUUUUGAUUUGGCUUUUUUGCAAAAACACUACGGUGUUGGUGGAGAUGGAGAAGAACAUCAGACUGAAUUAGAAAUCGAAGAAGAAGAAUCGGAAAAUGAAAACGAAGAAGAAGAGUUUGAUGAUGAAGACGAUGAAGAGGAAGAAAAUCACACUUCUAGUCGUAGAAGAAUCACUUGCACUAAUAACUUCAAACGUUUUGGGUAAUGCACAUAUAACCACCCAAAAACACACUUCUAAUGCAAAAAAAAAAACAAUUUUGCAGAUCAAUUCGUCGUUCAAAACGCGGUCCUCGUUCAUCUCUUCGUGCCGCCAAAAAAGAGCUGGUCUCUCGCGAAAAAGAAUGUCUUUCACCUUUAAUGCAAUUGUGA